CACGAGCCCAUACAAACAAAAAUAAUAUGACAAUAAUCCUGACGACUAUAAAUAAAUAAAUCUAAAGCUUAAGAAGAAAUCCUAAUAUUUUUCAUCGCAAGCAAGCAGUCGUAAAUUACAGCACAAUAAGCUUUUCUCCAGAAUCUCUCCAAGUGCAGUGUGAAGAAAAAAAUGGCAGAACUGAGUUUGGGAAUUCUAAUUGACAUCGUUGAUGAGGAUUGGAUGAGAGACACUCUUCCUCAAGAUGAUCUUCCACUUCCUCCAACACUGGUUGUUCGGACAGAUGAUACUGAGGACUCAAAUCAGGAGGCACAACAAGUUAAUAAGGAUGCUUGGCACGAUCUUGCCCUUGGCCAAGAGUAGAAGUUUCAAUAAAAUAGUGCUAAUAUGUCAUGCUUAGUAGUAAGUAGAUGGUAUUUAUUCCGGAUACCGGACUAGGCACCUUCCUUUCUAUGUACGUGAAAGACAUUAAGAAAUUUUGGUUUCAUUUCUAGUUGAUUACUGUCAUAAAAACACUCUUGUAUUUUUGCUUUGAACUCUAAAGGCAACCUUGUGCAUAAUGAUAGAUUACUGUUGUGAAGCACAAAUCUGUAAUAAAUUUUGUCAACGGUGUUAAGUUUGGGAAAUAGAGAGUUUAAAUAAAA